AUGGCCUCCAAGCAAGCCGAGGUGGAAGCCAAAGAGGCACCUGCGAUUCCUGAAUCUUCAGGCCCCGUGGAAAGAGACCGAAAGCCUUUGACCUGGUUCUUGGUCGUUUUCUCCCUUAUGGCCUCACUGUUCCUCUUCGCAUUGGAUAACACCAUCGUCGCGAAUGUGCAACCGGAUAUCAUUGAUGCUCUAGGUGAAAUUGACAAGCUGCCUUGGAUCUCAGUUGGAAUUGCCCUCGGAGCCAUCGCCACUGAUUUACCUUGGGGUCAAUGCUAUGGCCACUUUGAGAACAAGACGCUCUUUCUGGCCGGCGUCAUCAUCUUCGAGGUCGGAUCUGCCCUCUGUGGUGCUGCCCCGACCCUCAAAUCUCUUAUCGUCGGUCGCGUCAUUUGUGGGAUUGGCGGCAUGGGGGUCUAUCUGGGUGCCGUGAACAUGGUAUCCGUGUUGACGAGUGAGGCUGAGCGACCACUUUAUCUGAGUUUCAUUGGUUUAACCUACGGUAUUGGCAUCAUUCUCGGCCCCAUCAUCGGUGGCGCCUUCGCCGACAGCUCAGCUACCUGGCGCUGGGCCUUCUACAUCAACCUCUGCAUCGGUGGCCUCGCUGCGCCCGUCUACCUUUUCCUUCUCCCACAGGCCGACCCCCGUCCCGACGUCUCGUUCACCACUCGCAUCCGUGCUCUCGAUGGUCUAGGUACAAUUCUCAGUGCAGGAGCAAUCACCAGCCCACUCAUGGCCAUUGCAUUUGGCGGCAGCAUCUAUGCCUGGGACAGCGGACAAACCAUUGGACUCUUCGUGUGUGCAGGGGUUCUCUCCAUUCUAUUCAUCCUCCAACAGGCCUUCUCCAUAGGGACCACCCCUGAGCACCGCCUCUUCCCCGUGGCCCUGAUUCAAUCCUGGGAGAUGGACAUCCUAUUCGCUCAAAUGGGUAGCUCCCAAGUUCUGGUCGUGCCUACGAUCUACUUCCUCCCCAUACUGUUCCAAUUCGCACACCAAAAUACCGCUCUCGCCAGCGGCGUCCAUCUCCUACCCCUCGUCUGCGUGCUAGUCUUAGCCAUCCUGCUCAACGGCGCCCUCAUGUCCAAGCUAGGCUAUUACAUGCCGUGGUACUUAGGCGGUGCAAUUCUAUCCCUGAUUGGAAGCUGCCUCCUCUACACCAUCCAACCAGAUACCAGCAGUGCAAGGAUCUACGGGUACUCCAUGCUGGCGGCUUUUGGGGUCGGGUGUUUUUCUCAGGCGGGAUUCCCUGUUGCUCAGGUCAAGGCGCUUCCUAGCCAGCUGGCGCAGGCGGUGGCGUUUAUUGGGGUGGGUCAGGUCGGUGGUUCGGCUCUUGCGUUGACUAUUUCGAAUAGUCUGUUUGUCAAUCAGGCGACGAGUCGCAUUGCGGAUAUUCUGCCAGAUAUGCCGCGGAGUAUUAUCCAGCAGGCUAUCUCGGGGGUUAGGGCUUCCAUGUUUGCGGAUUUGAGCGCGGAACAGCGGGAGCGUGUCGUGGCGGCGAUUGUCCGGAGUGUGGAUGAUGUGUUUGUCAUGGCGAUUGCAUCGGCGGGGUUGUCGGUAAUCAUGGCGGUGUUUAUGAGGCGGGAGAAGUUGUUUGUGAAGAGUGAGUGA